UUCUGCACAUAUUAUUACUCAUUAAUUACUUCUGUUUAAAUAAUUCCUUCAAUAUUCAUCUAAAAAGGUUACAUUUCUUUGUUUUAAAAAGUGACUAGAACUACAGUGUUCACUUUCUUAUAAUGUUAAAGAGCUCUUAUUCAGUCAUUUUUUAUUUCUAGAAGAGGAUGCUCAUAAAUCAAGGACAUUACUUCCUGAUUAAUAAACAGCAGAUAUAUUCAGUGAAAGCAUUUCCUGCAGUAUUUGAUAAGAAGUUAAAUAUGUCUCUCUCUUAUGAAUUCUACUGUAUGUAUUACCAUGAAGUGUCUGCAGAGGGCGCCAGAGGUCUGUUUUUUAGAUUUUAUUUUAUUGUUUACUUGUUAUCAAUAACCAAUAAUUAUAACAAAAAAAUAAUAUUCUAUUUAACGCCAAUUUUUGAAAGCUUUUUGCCCAUGGCACAUCCUCACAUCAAAUAUUUUGGAUUAUUACAGAAAAUAAAUAUCGUGGCAAACAAACAUUUCUGAUACUGCAAAAUAAGACUGAAAAGGACACAAAACAACUACAAAUGACUCAAGAUUAGAACAAAGAUUCAACACGAUUAAUAGACAUAACAAGACUAUAAAGGGAAGUUAAACAACAAAACAACCAACUGGGUGCAAAACGACUUGAAACAUCACAAAUACAAAUAAUUGACUACAGGCGAUCUAAAACAACAAAGUAGAAACGUUAAAUAGAUUCAAAGUGACCCCAAAGUAAAUGGGCACAUUUCUACAACAUCUGUAAUUCUUUCAAACUGAAGUAGAAAAACAUGUGAACUUUGAACUCUUGAUCUGGUCAUUUGCACAAAUAACAAGAGGUGUGAUUGAACCAAAAACGUUAAGCCAAAAAUAGCAAUUCCAACAACUAUGUGAUACCAAAUGUGACACUUCAGUCUCAUUCCUGAGUUGAUUUCCGCUGAUUUCCUUUCAGGUUUCAGCGCUUCCUUCUGUCUCCUCCUGAGUUUUAAAAAUGUGGCUCCUGGUUGUUUCCGCCCCGCUGCUUCCCGCCAUCUUCAUGGUGUCCAGGCGUUAUCGAGUCAAAGUUUCCGCGCUGUGCCACCGAGCCCUUGCCUGGGCUCUGAGGCUGCUGAGAGGGAGAGUGUGUGUGAAGAGCACCCACGCCUUCGUCUUCUCCAGAUGCACCCAUGGCAAAGCUGACAGCGUCCUGCAGACCUAUGACCUCUACGCCGACACACACCCCUCACUCUGCAUCAGCCCACACAUGAGUGGGGUGUUGGAGGAGGUGGUGCAGAGGGUCCGCCCCCCCCUGGUGUUGGAGCUGGGGAUGCACUGUGGGUACAGCUCUGUGCGCCUGCUGCGUCUGCUGCCCCCUGCUGGCAGACUGUUCACAGUGGAGCUGGACCCCCUCACUGCAGAGCUGGGGGAGGAAAUCAUUCUGGUGUCUGGCUUCAAACACUCCCAGUUCCAGGUGUUGACUUCUAGCUCAGCUGAGGCCAUACACACGUUGCCUUCUUUGCUCACUGAUCUUGAUGAAGGGAGCAGUGAGGGCUUCAGUCUGGUGCUGAUGGACCACGACCCCCAGCAGUACCUCCCUGACCUGCUGUCUCUGGAGAGAGAGGAGCUCCUCCGCCCCUCCGGCUGCUCCGUCCUCCUGAUCCACAGGAAGCAAAGAGAUCUCAGAGAAAUCCUGGAUCACAUGAGAGCGAGGCCCGACUGCUACUGCAUCAAAUCAGAGCGCCAGGGUGUGACGGAGAUCUUCUGCCAGAAGGGAAGCACAGGGUUAGAUAGGUGAUACAACAUGUACAUAUGGAAGUGAGGGCUUUUGGUUUGUGUGGACUAGAUCAACCAACAGUGUUAAACUUCAUUAUAUUACCAUAAAAUGCAUAAGGUCAAAUAAUUAAAGGAACGGACAUGAACUGCUUUCUAGAAUUAGUCAAACUGUUGUUGUUUUUCGUUGGUUGACAAUUAAAAAUGCUUUAUUUAUAUGAUGUGUAUUACAAUAUUUGUAUGUGUAACGGAGUUAAAAAUGUGUAGACAUAAUUAUUAGUUAUAAAUUACGAUUUAUAAUAGGUUGUGAAUUUUAUUUUUAUGAGAUUGUUUCCUUUUGAUAUUUUUGAGUUAUGUUUCUGGUGGGAACACUUUCCCGUUGCACAUCUUUUCCCAUUUCCUGUAUGUCAUUUCCGCUUUCCCCUCACAUUGAAGUGAUCACUGCUGAGGGUAAGCUGUGCUAGGAAUUGUGUUAUAGUUAAUUACAAUUUUGUGUGGUAAACCGGCUAUUUAAAUUUAUGAAAGUGACAUAAAUGCCAGAAAAGACA